AUGUCUGUGGCCUGCUUGUUGCACACCAGGAAGGUCACCGUCCGCGAGCUCGGCGGGUGCAUGGGCCCCAUCUGGCGCAGCUACUGCGGGGACUGCCGCGCUCUCCUGUUCAUGAUCGAUGCCUCUAACCCCACCCAGCUCUCUGCAUCCUGCGUGCAGCUCUUGGGUCUCCUCUCUGCAGAACAACUCUCAGAAGCAUCGGUCCUGAUACUCUUCAAUAAAAUUGACUUACCCUGUUAUAUGACCAUAGAGGAAAUUAAGUCAUUAAUCAGGCUUCCAGACAUCAUUGCCUGCGCCAAACAGAACAUCACCACGGCAGAAAUCAGUGCCCGGGAAGGCACUGGCUUGGAGAGGGUAUUGCGCUGGCUCGAGGACACAAAGAGAACCAACAGUUGACCCCAAGGCAGAGAAACGAGGCUGGCCCGCUCUGUGGAGUGGAGGCAGAGGAUGGUGUUGCUGGGCCUCUGAUGGUUUUUCUUAUGGGGCAGAAUGACCCAGCGUAGUACUAGAUGGUAGAGUUUUGUGCUAAGUUGCAGUGAUGGGUAAAGUGAGGCAUCCAGAAUGUGGAACCGCCUGAUAUCUGUGCUCUGAAUGGAAAGACUGCUUCCAGGGCUGGGAGGAGGACAGGCCUGCAGGUGACUGUACAUCCUGCUGCCAUCCUGGGACAGUGCUAUUGGGAUUUGUUCCCCUCCCGCCACAAAACCCACUGGACUUUCCCCAAGAUGUUUGGACUGCCACUGAGACCUGGUCUCCUGACUGCAGUAUAAGUCCCAACCCACUUGAGUUUCUGCUUCCCUUACCGCGUGUCCCCCCGAGACAACCCUGUGAAGUGGACAGGGUGAGUCUGGCAGUAAGAACCAAACCCUGAGUUAGAAACAAGAGCCAGAAUUUUCCUUGCUUUGUUUGUUCAGUAAAUGUUUAUUCCCUGAGGUGUCCACACAGCAAGUGGGGUCCCACAGGCUCAGAUGAAGCAUGGAAGGUGGUGGCCAGGGUUUCCCAGUGUCCUGUCGUUGCCUUUUGUCUCAGCUGAAGCAACUUGCAGAAAAACACUCAUUGUGUUGGUGGGCGCAUGCAUCAGCGUUCUGGGCCUGCUGUAACAAAUUCCACAGACUGGAGAGCUUAACACAGAAAUUUGUUCUCACGGUUCUGGAGGCCAGAACUCCAAAGGCAAGGUGUCCGCAGGACUGGUUCCUUCCAGAGACUCUGAGCAGAGUCUGUGCGUUGCCUCCAUCUCGUGGCUGGCGGCAGGCCUUGGUGUUGCUUGGCUUGUGGCCGCAGAAGUUCAAUCCUGCCCUCAUCUUCCCGUGCCCUUCUCUCCUUUUGUCUCUCUGUGUCCUCUUCUAAGGACAUCUGUCGUUGGAAAUCGAGGAUGAUUCUUAAUUACAUCUGCAAACACUCUUUUCUAAAGUCACCUUGUGUGUUUCAGGGGUUACACUUGGACAUAUCUUUUGCGAGCCACUGUUCAACCUACAAUAAUUAAAUAAGAAACGCUCUGGUCCUGA